CCGCUCGAAAGCAAGUUUCCACUUCCUCCCGACGGAUACCUCUCCACCAUGACGAUGGCCACCGAGGAGCUUAUGGACGUCAACAGCAAAUACGUGAUCGGAGACAAGGAGAUUGGGAGCGGGCACUAUGGAGUCGUACGAACCUGUACUAGCCGAGCUACGGGAGAAGAGUUCGCCAUCAAAACCAUCAAGAAGAGCAAGGUGCCUCGAUUGGUUCUGCUGAAGAGAGAGAUCGAAAUCCUCCGGGCGGUGGACCACCCUACUUUGAUUCGGCUCGAGGAUGUCUACGAAGACGACAUCAAUUUACAUCUAGUGACUGAACUGUGCACGGGGGGGGAACUGUUCGAUCGGAUAAUUCUGAAGACGGAGUCGAAGGAGGGCCACUACAGCGAACGGGAUGCUGCCAACAUCGUCCACAAGAUCAUUGGGGCGAUCGAGUAUUGCCACAACGAGCACAACAUAUGUCAUCGAGAUCUCAAGCCAGAGAACUUCCUGUUCAAGACGAAGGACGACCAGGCCGACCUGAAGAUUAUCGACUUCGGUUUGUCCAGGUUUGAGGACGGGUCCGAGGCGAUGACAACCAGGGUUGGGACGCCGUACUACAUCGCGCCCGAAGUUCUGUCCAAGAAGUACGACAAGGCCUGCGACCUGUGGUCCAUCGGGGUGAUCAUGUUCAUCCUCCUGUGCGGUUACCCACCCUUCUCUGGCGCCAACGACGCCGAGAUCUUGAAAGCAGUGCAGCGUGUCGACUACCGCUUCCUCAGCCCCGAGUGGGAUAGUGUGUCCGACGAGGCCAAGGACCUCAUCAGGAAACUGCUCGUCAAGGACCCUACGGCACGUCUGACCGCAAGUCAGGCGCUCGUCCACCCGUGGUUCGACAAGGUGAUGAGCGGCGAUGCGGCGGCUCAAACGCUGCGGGAUAGCGCAUUGCGAUUGAACCACCGGCUUCGAAGGUUUGCCGGCGCCAAUGCCCUCAAGAAGAUCGCCCUCAACGUCAUCGCAGAGGAUGUUGGGGACGCGGAUGAGGGUCACCUUCGUAAGGUUUUCAACUCUUUGGAUUUGAACGGGGAUGGAGAAAUCACGGUGGACGAGCUCCAGCAGGUGAUUGCUUCAGAAGGAAUGGUGGGGAUGCAGGCCGAGGUGCUGGAGUUGCUCAACUCCAUGGACCAGAAAAUAGACUACCGAAAUUUCCUUGCUGCCACGAUGGAAAAGGGGAUUUUUCUUCGUCGAGAAAACUUGAGAAAGGCGUUCGAACAUUUCGAUUUACAGGGGACGGGAAGCAUCAACAAAUCGGACCUGAUGGAGGCGUUGGGAUCCGAGGACUGCGCACGGACAAUGCUUGAAGACAUCGACAUGGAUCACGAUGGGCAGAUUAGCUUCGACGAGUUCUCAGAGAUGAUGCGACGGCUCUGAACCUGGGGACGAAGACCCAUUUAUUUAUUACCAAAAGCACCAUUUGUUAAUGGUGAUGAGCACCCCGAAGCCCGUUGCGGGCGUUUCGACGGACAAAGAUCAGCUUUCGAGAGAUGCGCGGACGGCGAGCCUUGUUGUCGGGUUCUGCAAGCGCGAGUGUCGCGCAUUGGCCAACUCUUCAGCGACACGCUUGGGCGAAACGAUGUCGACUGACAGGCCCGCUAUUCUGACGAUUGGCCAUGCGGCCAACGGCUGGCUUCUUCGGACAAUUACCCCCCGCGUCCCUACAGAGCGGGGACGGAGUCGCCGAGCACGUCGUGGGUGGAUUUCCCCGCCAAGCAGGCGUUGGAGUUGGCUCGAAUUAUGGUGGGGAAUAUGACGUAUGAACGGUAAACUGCAUCCGUUGGGGAAGCAAACUUGAGCCCUCCGUGCCUCCCUCUCUCGUUGUACUCACCCUUUUCUGCACGUGCCGAUGUGAUCACGUACGAAAAAUGCUCGCGGUAUAGACUACGGAUAGUCGUACAAAGCAUGCCAGCGUAUAGUAGUCUUUCUGAGAUCGUGGUGGUAUGCACGCCAUAGGAUGGAAUUACUGCCGAAUGAUUUCUCUGGUUUCAAUUUUUCGAGAACAACUUCUUGCACAUCGGCUUGGUAGGUGCGUGGUACAGAUCAUCUACUUUGUCUCUUCACAAGCGCAAGACCAGUUUCACGGAGGCUACCAAGCCGAUGAUAUGUGUGAAGAAGGCGCACACAGAGGUGUAGGCCGAUAUGUGGCGCUUGCGUGUGGCGCUUGCGUGCCCAAGAAUAACGUGUUAAGACUAUUUGCGAUAGUCCAGGAUACGAGAGAGUCGACGUACAGUGUGUAUGUGAUGGCAUGGUUGAAAACGUUCCUAUUGAAGGGAGCUGGUACGAUCUGGCACGUGGGGGCUGGAUAGCCGCAGAGGUUGUCCUUGCACAGAGAAGAGCGAACACAUGAAAAUCGUUCGUCGGGGAAGCGUGCUUUGCAGGGUUGAUUCUGAAGUAUUCACGC